AUGCAUACCCUGUCACUGCGAGCACGAGCACUAGUCCGGCCUGCUUCUGCCAAGCUACCGUUCGGUGUCGUCAAUUCUCGUCGUCACCUGACGCUCCCGCCAUCAUCCAAACCUGUCGAGAACCAGGUAUUCGAUCCCGUCCGCUACCCCAGCAGCCUCCACACCUACAUAUCCCUAUCCACCGCCUCCAACGCCACCCUCCUGACCCUCUGGUCGGCCUCGUGGUGCCCCUCGUGCCGCGCCGUCGAGCCCCUCGUCAUCUCGCUCGUGCGGGACGCCCGCGUUGGACAGGAGGACGGCAGCCCCGUCAACCUGGUCCGCGUCGACUUCGACGCCCCCGACACGCAGGAGCUGGCGUCGCGCUACAUGAUCACCGCGCUGCCCACCCUGCUCGCCUUCGACGCCAGGAGGGGCGAGCCGGCCGCCAGGUUGUCCGAUCCCAGGAAGAUGGCCGAGAGGGGUUUCCUCCAGGAGUGGAUCAGGGAACAGGCUGCCGGUGGUGGUAAUGCUGGUGGCGGGGGCGGUGCUUCUUCCUUCGGGGGUCUGUUUGGACGAUGA